AUAAGCCGUAUUUGUGUCUGCGCUCAGAUAAAAACCCUAAUUUCCCACUCUUUCUCUCUCCACCGCUCAACUUUCUCUCUCUCUACGCAAAUCCUCAUUCGACAGCUCGAGCUUCUCCUAUGGCGACGGCGGGCGACGGUGCGACCCCAUACCAAAGCGGCGGAGCCGGGGGGAAGUUUCGGAAGAAGCCUAUUCGGCGUAGUGGUCUGGCGACACCGUACGAUCGACCUUCUACCGCACUCAGGAACAAGAGCCCUAGCCUCUUCGCGAAACUCGUAGACCCCGCGUCUAGGCUCAUACACGCUGGGGCUGAUAGGUUCUUCGGCGUAUUUCGUAAGCGGCUUCCUUCCAUCGCUGCACCGCGUCCGCCAGCUGCUGAUGGGUGGCGUCUUGAUUGGAUCGGGUUUAGCAUUGCUGAAGGCUUCUUAUACAAUUUGUUAGUUUUUAGAGAGACCCUUGAAGAACCGGAUCCUAGCACCGAUGAAGGUGGGAAUUUGGCUAGCAUCUCUGCUACCACUGAGAUAUCAGAGCUUGAGAAUAUGCUGAAACAGAAGACUUUUACUAGAUCUGAAAUCGAGCAUUUGACAGCUUUGCUGCAUGCAAAAGCUACUAACUCAGAUGACGAUGAAGGGGAUAGAGCAAAGCUUCCCAGCCCAUCAUCUCAGUUUCUGAGGCUUGAAGCAUCCACAAGUAGUCCACUUAAUAAGCAUGUGGAAGAGAGGGAAAAUAUUCAUGCUAUUACUUCAACUCCUUUUGUCACUUCAAGAACAUUUGAAGAGGAUGUUGCUUCACCAGCUGAGCUUGCAAGGGCUUACAUGGGUACAAGAGCACCCAAAGUGUCACCAUCAACCCUGAGAUUUGGCAGCCAAGCAGCCAGACAAGAUUCAGCAUUGCUUAAUACCACAGCAAUCCUCCCCAAAACACCCAUCACGUCACUUGUACCAAGAACUACAGGAACCUUCAAGGGUCUUGAAAAUGGUUUUUUGACAACCCCAAGAUCAAGAGGCAGAUCAGCAAUAUACAGCAUGGCACGCACACCUUAUUCCAGACCAUCUUCAACUUUUGGCCAAAAGGGCAUGAAUUCACCAUCAUUGCCAUUGUCUCAGCCUGCUUGGGAACAAGAAGGGUCAAUUGAGUCAAGCAAGAUGGCUUCUAAGCGUAGGAGCUCUGUGCUAGAUGAUAUUGGGUCUGGAGGCCCGGUGCGUAGGAUUCGACAGAAAGCUAAUCUUCUUUCUCAAGGAAGUCCUCUCUCAAAAAACACAAGUGAAUUCAGGCAGAAACUGCUUUUAAGAAAUGAAGCUGACUCUAAAAGCUUCAAGGCAAUUGAGGAAAACGGGGAGACAAGCAGGUCUAGUUUAGGUUAUGCAUCUGUCCCUACAAAGUCAACUCAAAUGGCUACAAAAAUAUUGGAACAACUUGAGAGAUUGAGCCCAAAGGAGAAGUCUCCAGGAUCCAGGCUUACUCGAAUGAGUGAGAAAUCGCCCUUGACACCACAAGAGAAACUAGAUUCUUCACCCAAACUUAAGUCAAGUUCUGAAGAUGAUAAAAAACCAGAAAGUUUGUUUCCUGAUGCUCGUGAGUCAACCACCUCCCAGACCCAGAGUAAAGGUAAAGAAAAAGUUGAAGAAAAUGGGCCUAAGAAGUUUGCUGUUCCUCGAAAUGUUCUGAGCACUAUGAAUGGGAAUUCUGGUGUAUCUAUAAGAGAUAACAGACCAACAGAUUCUACAUUCAAGCUGCCAGCAGAGCCUCCCCAGAAGAAGCGAUUCCAGAUAAGUGCACAUGAGGAUUAUCAGGAGGUAGUGGAUUCUAAUGGACAUGUAUCUACCAUCCCAUUUGGUCAAAACAAGAAACCGGAAACAUCUGUGUUUGGAAACAAGGAUGUUUCUGCUGAAGUCAUUCAAACUCCUCCAGUUGAGAAAAUUCAAGGAACACAAAAGACUGACGAUGCUAAAUCUCUUCCAAAAACCAGUUUUAAAUCUGUCGAUGGUUCUGUUGUUAAUAAGAAGGUGGCAUUUAACUUGCCUGCAAGUAACAACAACACUCAGCCUCAGCCAGCUGCAAUAACAGAUACUGUUUCUCCACAGAAGAAAGCAACAGUUUUUCCAACAUUUGGUGGUACCACUAAAGUUACCGAGAACGUGCCACCAUUCUUGUUUUCUGCUAAUGAGCCUUCAGGAUUCAAACCAAACGCUGCCACAGAUGCAAAACCACUUGGCUCAACCAGCAUGUUUAAUUCAGUUAAUAAGGAAAGCAAUCAAGUCCAAUUCCCAGCAUCCGAAAAAGAUGACAAUGGCAAUGCUCUGAUCAAUAAUAAAUCACAAUCUUCACCAUCAUCAUUAUCAACAAGUGGUGUUUUUUCAUUUGGUGCCAAGAAUACAAAUGUUACCAAUGGUUCAAUUUCAACCCCAUCUACAUUUGCUCCCUCCUCUCCUUUUACAGCUUCUUCUACAAAUAACCUUUUCAGUGUUAGCACUACUGCUUCCUUGCCAUCCACCACCAUGUCAGCCGCCAGUGGUGUUGCUCCUGCCCCUGCCUUACCUGUCUUUAGUUUUGGGUCUGCAAUCACUUCAACUAAAUCUGCAGAACCUCCAAAAGAGACCAAUGCAGAACCAAAAUCUGACACCACCACCUCACCUUUUGGUACUUCAACCACCACCACCACCACCUCACCUUUUGGUACUCCAACCACCACCACCGGAGGAGGUAACAACAUGUUUGGUUUCAGUUCUCCAGCAGCCACCAACAAUCAGGGAUAUCUUUUCAAUGGCGGCACCAGUGGAUUUCAGACAUCUUUUGGUGGGACUACCGCAGUCCCGUCGUCUACUUCAGGGGGUUCCUUAUUUGGUUCCUCUGUUCCUAGUUUUGGUCUGAGUUCCACUGUUGCCACAUCAGAAAUAAAAUCUGGUAGCUCCACCACCAACAUAACACCUAGUUUUGGUCUUAAUUCGGCCUGGCAGCCUCCCAAGUCUUCACCUCCUACAACAUUUUCCUUCGGGGCAUCUGCAUCUUCAUCUUCAACAUCCACUUCUCCUAGUCCUUUUAUUAAUGCUUCUACAGGAUCUUCCCUGUUUUCAUUCUCUGCUACAAAUUCAGCUUUCCCAGCUCAAUCUACAUCUGUUUUUGGAAACUCGACCCCUGUUUUUGGAUCUUCACCCAACAGCAAUGAUCAGAUGAGUAUGGAAGACAGUAUGGCUGAAGACUCCACACCCAGUCCUUCUCCUUCACUUCCUGCAUUUGGACAUGCUGGUGCCACACCCACACCAACUCCCGGUUUCAUGUUUGGUUCAGGCACCCCGACACCAUCAACGGUUCCCUUCCAGUUUGGUGGCCAGACGAGCCAACCACCACAGAAUCCUUUCCAGACAAACCAAACACCAUCUCAGAAUAAUCAUUUUCAGCUGUCUGGUAGUGCAGAGUUUAGUGGUGGAGGAAGUUUUUCAUUGGGGUCAGGUGGAGGUGACAAGUCUGGUAGAAGGAUUUUGAAAGUUAGAAACAGCAAGAACAGGAAGAAGUGACAAACUUAAUAAAAAAGUUACUUUACUUGGUGAGAUGUCUGAAAGGCAAGAUUUGUUGCGUUUUUAUGUACCAUUGUGGUAUUAUAGAAUAUAAUAGAUGUUAGCGAAGGAUAUGAUGUUAUAUCUCAUUUUUGGAGCAAGUUUUUUUUAGAAGGGCUGCUUUUCCAGAUUUCAUAACAACGUGCCAAGUCAUAUAUUUCUUGCUUUGUACUGUAAAAACAUACAAACCUAAAACCUACCAAAUUUAGAG